UGCCCCACGAAGGUCUACGUCGGCGACGACGCCGUCGGCAAGCGCGGCGUGCUCGCCCUGCGGACGCCCCUGGCCCGGGGCCUCGUCGUCGACUGGGAGGGUUUGGAGCUGAUCUUCGCGCACACGUUCUACUCCGAGGUCGGCGUCGAGCCCGGCGCGCAGCCCCUGCUGCUCGCGGAGUCGCCGCUGAACCCGAAGGCGAGCCGCGAGCGCGUCGCCGCGUUGGUCUUCGACGUCUUCGAGGUGCCGAGCCUCUACGUGAACGCCCAGGCCGUGCUCAGCCUCUACGCGUCCGGGCGGACGACGGGCUGCGUCUUGGACGUCGGCCACGACCAGGCGCACGCGGUGCCCGUCUUCCGCGGCUACGCCGUGCCCCACGCCAUCGAGGCGGUCGACGCGGCGGGCCGGGACGUGACGGCGCACCUCGAAAGGCUCCUCGCGGCCGCGGGCGCGCGCCUGGACGGCGACGUCGUCUGCGAUGUGAAAGAAAAACUGGCCUACGUCGCCCUCGACUACGACGCGGAGCUCGAGCUGGCCGAGGCGGACGUGGCGAGCGCCUACGAGCUCCCCGACGGCGACGUCGUCACCGUCGGCAGGGCGCGCUUCACGUGCGCGGAGAUGCUCUUCGACCCGGCGCGCUUCGGCCUACGAGAAACGGGCCUACGACGGCGCGCUUCGGGCGGCGGCGUCCACGACGUCAUCCACGCGGCGAUCUGCCGGUGCGAGGACCGCGCGGUCGUCAAGGAGCUCUGCGCGAACGUCGUCGUCGCCGGGGGCACGACGCUGCUGCCCGGCUUCCCCGAGCGCCUCGCGACGGAGCUCCUGCGGCUGCGGAAGACGUCGACGCACCGCGUCAAGGUGAAGAUCGUCGCGCCGCCGGACCGGCACCGGAGCGUCUGGACGGGCGGCUCGCUGCUCGCGUCCCUCGAGCACUUCCCGGACAUGUGCACGACGCGCGACGAGUACGCCGAGCUCGGGCCCGCCGCCGUCCACCGGCACUGCGAGCGGCGCCACUCGACCCGCGCGGCGUCGGCCCGCGAGCUCGCGGAGCCGCCGGCCGCGGCGCCGCCGAACCUCUAG